AUGGGCUUCCGGGAUCUUGGCCUCUUCAACAAAGCAAUGUUGGCAAAACAGACUUGGCGCAUUCUUUGCAAUGACUCGACUCUCUUGGCCCGCUGUUUAAAGGCUCGUUAUUUUCCACGAACAGACAUCCUCUUGGCUGGUAAGGCUCACAACCCAUCUUUUACAUGGAAUAGCCUACUUGUGGGAAGAAGUCUGUUAUUGGAAGGCAUUUCUUGGAGAGUGGGAAACGGGAGUAGGAUAAGGAUCGGCAAAGAUAAAUGGAUUCCGGAAGGGAAUGGAGUCUUUUCGGCUGCCAGGGUUCCAGAAGCUUUUGAGAACCUUACGCUGGAUACUUUCUUUCUGGAGGAUGAACUUUCGUGGGACAUGGAGAGGUUAGCUACGAUUACUCAGCCGACUGUUCUUUGGAAAAUGGCUACUAGCAUUAUACCUGCUGCUGAUCGUAUGGACACCCCUAUUUGGCCUCGGGACAACUUUAAUUCUUAUACGGUCAAAUCGGGAUACCUUCUGGCUUGCUCUUCUCGACAGCGCAAUGAGGCCUCGUCUUCGUCGUUGUCUUCUUCCCCUUUAUGGAAGUGGAUUUGGAGUUUGGAUGUCAUCCCGAAAGUGAAACACUUCAUGUGGAGAUGUGUAACAGAGGCACUUCAUACGACCAAAGCCCUCAUCCAUCGUUCUAUUGAUGUGGAUCCCCUCUGCCGUCGGUGUGGUUUGACAACGGAGACUCCGGAAUAUGCACUCAGAGAUUGCGUUUGGGUCUCCUCUCUUUGGGAAAUGUCCCCGCUUCGGCUCCAACCUUUGUCUAGUGAUGAUAUUUGCCCCAUCGCUUCUUGGUUUGAUCGCAUUCGCCAGAAUCCGGUCAAGGAGGUUCACACUUUGUUUGCGUCGAUUGCAUGGGCCUGCUGGUACUCUCGAAACCUCCUUAUUUUCCAGGACAAAUCACUCUCUCAUGGUGAUUGUCUCUUGAUUGCGCAGCGAGCAGUUUGCUCGAAACCCUUACCUGAUCACCUACCGCUUGCCAGAAACAUUACUCUCCAGUGUUCUCGUGACUCUCAGUUCAAGAUUAAUUGUGAUGCUGCGUUUGAUGUGGGUCGUGGCUUUGGCUUUGGUGUGGUGAGUACGAACAAGGAUGGGACGUUGGUGGGUGGUCGUCAGGGGUUUAUCCCGGGGUUUUUCUCGGCGGAAGAAGGUGAGGCUAGAGCGAUUUUUGAAGGCCUGAUCAUGUGCAAAGAUAAGGGACUCGAAGACAUCAUCAUCGAGACUGACUGCCAAUCCUUAUUUUGGAGAUUACAGAACAGGAAGGAGGAUCGUUCUUCUCUUGGUGACUCUGUUGACAAGAUUUUAAGCUUGGUUGCCUCGUUUCGAAGCUGCUCCUACAGCUGGACACCCCGUGAAGGCAACUAUAUAGCUGACUGUUUAGCUAAAGUUUCUCUCCGUAAUCAUGUGACUCAGUUUGUUUCUGAGGUCUCCCUUCUGUUUCUAAACUCUCUUCUUGCUGAUUAA